UCCCUGGCUGAGUGAAAUGUUGUUAAGAUGUUUAUUUCGUGAUGAUUGUUGUUAUACAUUGUUAUAAAUAUGUUUACUCUGUUACGUGGUUUAAACCAGAAUUUACAAUAUGUUGAUAGAAGAAAUAAUAACCUUAAAGAGGUUCCUGAUGAAGUUUUGUCUUCGAAAACACUGGAAGAACUUCUCCUGGAUUCAAAUCAUAUAAGACUCUUACCUAAGGGCUUGUUUCGAUUGCCAAAAAUUAGGAAACUUACUCUUAGUGAGAAUGAAAUUUUUCGUUUACAACCAGAGAUUGGAAAUCUUACUACCCUUGUGGAACUUGAUAUUAGUAAAAAUGAAAUAUAUGAUAUACCUGAAAACAUCAAGAGCUUAAAACAGUUGCAAGUUGCAGAUUUUAGUUCCAAUCCUCUGAAAAGAGUUCCAUUUAGCAUCGUUUAUCUUCAAAAUUUAACUGACCUGAAGUUAAAUGAUGUUAAUUUGACUGAACUUCCUUCAGAUUUUGGAAGACUUGUUAAUCUGCAGACCUUGGAGUUACGUGACAAUAUGUUAAAAGAUUUGCCAUCAUCAUUUGUAUCUUUGAAGAAUUUAGAAUGUAUUGAUCUAGCUAGUAAUAUGUUUGAAGAAAUGCCUUCUUGUUUGUGCCAGCUUGUACAAUUAAGAGAGCUAUGGUUAGAUUCUAAUGAAAUAUCUUCUCUUUUGAGUGAUAUAAAAAAAUUGAAAAAUUUGAAAUGUUUUGAUAUUUCUGAAAAUGAUUUGGAGUUUCUUCCUGAAGAAAUAUCUGGAUUAGAAAGUCUUACAGACUUUUACAUUUCUCAAAAUUACCUCCAGCUACUUCCGAAUGGAAUUGGUAACCUUAGUGAGCUUACCGUUUUUAAAGUUGACAGCAACAGGUUAUUGUCAUUACCAAUGAGUUUGGGGAAGUGCACCAAUUUACAGGAAUUGGUGUUGAAGGAAAACGAAAUAUCUUCUUUCCCAGAAUCUAUUGGUCAACUGAGAAAUCUUAGGACUCUAAUCGCUGACUGCAAUAAACUGAGCAGUCUGCCAUCUGAAAUAUGUAACUUAAUUCAAUUGUCUGUUUUGUCUCUUCGUGACAACUGCUUAUAUUAUCUUCCUGAAGACACUGGCAUUCUAAAAAAUUUGCAAGUUCUAGAUCUCUGUGGUAACAGGAUUCAGUAUUUACCUACCAGCAUCAUGUUUCUUAAUCUGAAAGCUCUUUGGUUAUCUGAAAAUCAGCAUCAACCUCUCUUGAAAUUUCAAAGAGAUUAUGAUUGGAAGGCCCAAAGAGAAAUUAUCACAUGUUACAUGCUUCCUCAACAAGAGCAGCAAGAAUAUACUACUGAUUAUUCAGCAUCAUGUACUGAUAAUCAUGAAAAGACUUACUGCAAUAAUCCACGUGUUGACUUUGAGGUUGAAAGUGAAGAUGAACUAGAUAAAAAUGCUGAGCUUGUCCGUCAUGGAACACCUUAUCCAAAAGAUUUAAAGUCCAAGGUUAUUAAGUUGCUGCCUGCAAGAAAUAAAGCUUUAAAAAACGAAGAUAUGUCUGAAAAUGGUAGAAGGCAAAAGCUUGAUGUUUGGAAGUCAUAUGAAGACAAGGCGCAACUUCAAUGCGUAUCUCCUGUUGUUGAUUCGGGUGUAUCCAGCGCAGCUUCACCUAUUAAUACAACUGCUGAUAAAAUUGAGUAUGAAUGUGGUAUUCCUUCACAACAUAAUGGCAUUGCUUCAUUAGAAUCGGUUCAAAAGUUGAAGUCUGCUGAGAGCACAGAUCACAGCUUAGAUGAUCUGGAUGAAAAUUCUAGUGACAAUUGUCUUUUUGAUGGCAAAAUAAGUGCUUCUUUUGAAUCUGAGGGUCCAACAGAGUUCCAGGCUCAGACGUUGGUUCAACCAUUUGCAUAUGACAUUUUUAAUAUUUAUGUGCAACGAGAACCAAGUGGCCUGGGGUUAAGCAUUGCUGGUGGAAAAGAAUCCACUCCAUAUAAGGGGGAUGAUGAGGGCAUAUUCGUAUCUAAAGUAACAGAAGGUGGUCCAUCAGAUAAAGGUGGUUUAAGAAUCGAGGAUAAGAUUUUGAAGGUGAAUGACAUUCCUAUGCUGGAUAUUGACCAUCACAGUGCUGUCCAAAUACUGAGAAAUGCAGGCAAUACGAUCAAGUUUACUGUGCUGAGAGAAAGACCAAAUAUUUCAAAACAGAAGCCAGACUCAGUAUCAAGUCCUGUUCCUCAAUUAAUUGCUCAAGGGCAACAAGUAUCAGUUUUGCCUAAGCCAGAAAAUGCUAUAAGAAAUCCAGAGUCAACUUCAAAUGCAGAAUUAAGAUCCUUCAAUCCAGCUGGAGCCACCAACUGUAAUUCAAGAAUUAGCUAUAGGCCUCUAAAUGAUACAUUACAAGUUAAAAGAAACGAAUUUCAACCUCAAUCUUCUCAACAAACUGCUGUUACUUUACCAAAUAUCUUUCAUCAUCAAAACAAAUUGUCUACUUUUGAACCUGAUAUGACAUCAACUCCAAUGAGUCUGUCUCGUGCAUCAUGUAAAAAUAGCCCAGAUGUUGUUCAAUCAUCAGCAUUAAAUUCUCUGGUUCAAUCUGCCUCAUAUGAUUCCAAAGAUAGAUAUGAAGGGCCUAUAGUAAAAGUAACAAUUCAGAAUCCAAGACCUUAUGUACCUUUAUCACCUGAUUUGCCUCCACCAACUAAAGCUCCUGGAAGUACCUCUGAAGUUCUUACAAGAUCUUCAUAUAGUGAAACAACUCUGACCAGAUUUACAAAUAAUUCUCAAUUAUCUAAUGGGCCUAUUUGUGAGGAAGUAACAGUUGCUAGAUUGAAUGGUUCUUUAGGUUUAAGCAUUAUGGGAGGCUGUGAUCAAACUUGUUUCCCUUUUGGAAAUGGCAGACCAGGAAUUUAUGUUUCAAGGGUUGCACGCAAUGGUACUGCAGCAAAAACUAGGAAAAUCAGAGUUGGUGAUCGUAUUCUCAAAGUGAAUAAUAUUGAUUUAAGUAAUUCUAUGCAUUCUGAAGCAGUUACUGCUUUAUGUGCUGCAGGAGAUGAAGUAAAAUUAACUAUUCAACAUGAUCCACUUCCUGAUGGAUGGCAGGAAUUCACUUUGACUCUAUCUGAAAAUGAGCCAUUGGGUAUUGUGAUUGGAGGAGGUAUUGAUGGAACACAUGCCAAUCCUUUUGACUACUAUGAUGAAGGAAUUUUUAUUACAAAAAUUUUGCCCAACUCAGCUGCUGAUAAAGAUGGAAGACUGAAAGUGGGAAUGAGAGUUAUUGAGGUUUGUAAUAUAUCAUUUCUUGGUGUGUGCUUAGAAGAGGCUAACCGUGCCAUCAGUUCUUGUCGCGACUCUGUGUACAUCAUAGUGUGUAAUGGAUUCAACAGUAAUUUGCCAACAAACACUUCAUAUAGCUGUCUUCCUGAGUCGAAUUCUGCUACAAUUGAUUCUGUACCAUGCAUUGAUAGUGACGAUGAUUGCAUUGAUGUUUUCCGUCCAUCAAAUCAGGAUGUUGUGGCUCAUGAAAAGUCUGUAGAUGAAAAAGUUUUAGAUGUUGUUCGUGCUGCAGAGAUGUUAGUUACUCCCUCACCUCGUGUAUUUCUUCAUCCACCAUCAUCUUUAAAGAAAAAAAAGACAACUACAAUUGUUUUAUCAAAGCAUACAGUGCAUCCGUCGCCAGUGGAAGAGAAUCAGCAUUCGAAACCAUCCUAUCUUCCGUGUGAAGUUUGAGCUUUUUCAGUACUCAUUGACAUUACUGUGUAAAAACCUGAGAAGCAUUCAUCAUUUCAGACACUUCUGACUGGAUUCAAAUGAAUACACAAGUUACUCUUUAAUCAGUAUCUAUAUAACAUUCCAGCCUUUGUACAUUUUAAAAAAUUUCUUUAUUUUUUAAUGAAUGUGAUUUUUCAAAACUGUAUAAAAGCAAUAGUAAAAAAAAAAAAAUCAUUUGUUGUUUAGUGCAAUCAUUUUAUCAUUUCAAAACUGUAUAUACAAAAAGCUACCAUUCUUGUUCAUUGCUUUUAUAUAUUUUAUCAUAUUUGCAAUUCAAGAUUGUGCUUAAUUGUUAUUUUUCAUUAUUAUUUUAUACAUUCUGGUUUUGUCUGUUUAUUUUUAUUCUCUUUUACAUAUACAUAAAGUUGUAACAUUUGAUGAUACUAUAAAAUUUUAAAAUGCAUGAAAUGCUUUAAGUACACAAAAAUUCUUUUGUUUAUUGCUUGUGCAAUUAUUUUAUAUUAUUUUUGUUACUGCUAUCAUACUUUUAAAUAAUCAAUUUUCCUUAUAUAAGCUUCUGUAUCUUAAAAUGAAUUUAUAAAUAACAAAAUUCUAAUAUCUGGAAAUGAUACUGAUUAAGAUUUUUAAUAUAUAUUAUUAAUAUUUUAUUUUUAUUCUUUGAAUUUUUGCAAGGAACUGUGCACUUUUCUCACUUUAUAUAUGAAGUAUAUAGAGACCGAGAAAAGGAGGUAAUAUUUAAAUCAGAAGUGCAAAUCGUAUUGUACUUAUAAUUCAUUCACUUAGAUGUUUUUACAAUCAAUUCACUUUAUAAAAUUUUUAUUUCCAUGUAUAGAAUAUACUGUUGGUAAAUAUGUAUUAAUUAUUGUAGUUUAUCAAAGAUUUAUUGGAAGAGAAUGGUCAUUGGAUUUGAAAAUCAUUGAUAUACAAUAUACAAAAUUAUCUAACAUCUGAUCAGAUAUUCUCUAAUAAAUAUAUUUUGAUAUUAGCGCACAAAGACUAUAUGCUCAAAUUUUCAUUAUUAGAAGAAAGAGGAAAUAUUUUAUUGCAUAUAAAAAAGAUUAUUCUAUAAUGUAUCUUUUUGUAUAUGAUCUAUAUUUUCUUUUUUGAAAAUUCUUGUAACUCAUUGAACUCCGUCCUUUAGCCCCCCUCCCUCCCCCAUUUUAUUAAGAAUUAAAAAUAAAAUUAAUUUAUGUUGUAUUUUUUAAAAUUAAAAAAAAAACGCCCUAGUUUCCCCAUCUUUUUACCGUUUUCAACCUACUAGAAAAAUCGCAGCUUUAAUUUGUAUAUUUAAUUUUACCAUGUUUUAAAAUAAUUAGUGCUUCACAUUGUUCAAAAUUACUUAAUAAUUAAUCUGUCUGAUUUACAUUCCUAAAUGUGAACAAAUUUGAGUAAAAAAAAUGGGAAAGUUUUGUGUUUGUUUUUAAAGCUAUUUAUUUUGUAAAACAAAUUAACUUAUUGCUUUUAUCCAGUCAGGCUAGUUGCGUAGAAACUUUAGGUAAUAUUGAUCAUAUAUCCAGUUACAGCAUUAAGUUUUUUAAAAAGGAAUUCUUCAAGCACCUAAAAUAUGCUAUAUAUAUGCUUAAUUUUAUAAAUGUUUUAAAAAUAAAAUAUGACAUGUAAUUAUAUGCAAGUGACAAAUGGCAGGUUAAGGUGAAACAUUUGAUUUAUCUAUAAUUUUCUCUUAUCUAUUUAUUUUUCCCCCCUCGCCUAUCCUGUACUUAAUAUGUAUUUAUUAGUGUUUUAUUCUAUUGGUAAUAUAUUUUUCUUUAAUUUUGGGAAAUGGAUUUGAAGUUCUAUAAAGUUUUUGGUAAUUUUAAGGUAAAUAAAGGGAAUAUAUUCCAUAUACGUUCUUGCAGUGAUAUAUUUAUUCUCUCAUAUAUAAUCUGGGAAAUCACAUUAUUAAAACUAUAAAAUCAAUGAUUCUUCUAGCAGAUUCAACUUUUUGAGGCAGCUUGAGAAACUUGAGUUGAAAGUUGUAUGAUGUGAAUUAUUUAGUCAUCUUUUUAUGUGUGAUAACAAAUUAAAUGUUUUACUAUUAUACUAUUUCAUUAUAUAGCUAUGUGUUAUAAUGAAAUGUAAGAGCAGAGCUUCAAUAAAAAUAAACGAUCAAGUUCUUGAUUAUUUUUCGCCCUUAAUAAGUGUGUGAUGGAUUUAAUAAUAUAUAUUAUUAAUUUUACAAAGUUAUUUUUCAAACUCUUUCCGUAACGUGUUACUAACAUAAAUAUGUAGUAUGUAAUUAUGAAAGUUUAAAUAGAAUGACUUUUUUUUAUAAAAUUAGUUUUAGUGGUAUUAAAUAGUAACUAAAGCCAUAGAGGUAUAUGUACUUUCCAUUUUAUCUAGUAUUGUUUCAAGAAUUGAUUUACCAUUGCUUUCCUUUGAUAUAUGUAUAUGGUUGUAUUUAUAUUUGAAUAUCUGUUAAUAUAUGAGAAAUCGAUUUAUUCGCAUAUAGUUUUCAGAUUUCUAUAUUUAACUAUUCAUUUCUGUGUGAAUAUCAGUGAUGUGAUACAAAUACACAUUUUUAAAGGUAAUAGAAGAUGUCAAUCCUUCUAUUCUAGUUUCCUAAGUAUGGUGUUAGGUAUUUGCUACUAAUUAUUUUAUAUUAAUUCUUGUAAUUUAAAUAAAUGCUUAAAGAUUAUAAUUUGUCAUGAACAUCUGUUUUAUUAUGAAACAGUUCAUGUACUUAAUUUUGUUUAAAAGAGGAACUUUGUUUUUUAUUGAUGAAAGUUACUGAAUUCUGUUAAAGUAAUGAUAUUUUCUUACAGUUUUAACCUAAUAAAUGUUUUAAAGCAUAUUGCAUAUAUUUAAAAGGGACUAGUAUACAGUAGAUAUUAUUAAUUGUGAAAUCUUAAUGGGUUUUUUAUUCUGUUUAGAAUAUCUCUUAGUUUAGUGUUUCCUGUUUAAUUUAGCAAAUUAUAUAUAGUGUAAUAUAUAUGGAGUGUUCGGAUCCAAUAAAUAGUUGAUUGCAUGUUUCUUAAGAGAUAUAUCUAUUAUAAAACAUAAUCUUAAUUGUAGCUUAACUGUUAAUAUAUACGUUCAGUGUUGAAAUUACAUUUAUUCAUUAAAAUAUGUUUCUUAGUUGCAACUCAUAUUUUCACAUCAUAAUUCUGUUGUGUGAUAAAAAAAAAAAAUAGUAUGCAUAUGUAUUUGAAAAGCUUUUAACAAUUGUAUCAACAUUAAAUGGCCACGAAAAAAAUGGCUUAUAACUUUUUAAUGUAUUUGGAUGUACUUUAAAUUGUUUUUAUAUAAUGUAUUGGAACCUAAGACAGUUCAUAAUUUGGUGUUAUUUUAUAGAUAGCGACACCUGUUUCUUUUUAGUAUAGAUAAAAAUUAGAUUUUUAGUGAUGAAUUUUAAGUGAAAUAUACAUAAUUUUAUUUUACUGAAAAUUAAAUCGUAGCUAAGAAAAAAUUAUUUAUUUUCUUUCUGUUAAAUUGUUAUUAAAUGAAUAGAUUUAUGUAUGUUGUUGUUGUUGUUUUUAUAAAAUUUGGACCUUUUAAGAACUUGGAGACAUUCUAUUUUGAUUAAUGGACAUAUCUAUAAUGGAUGACUGCAUUUUAUUUCUUUGUGAAAGUUUAAUUAAAAAGUUUUGAAUUAUUAUGUAUCAGCAUUUUAUUGAAAUAUUAAGGUAUUCAUUUUAAAUUAAUCUUUUUCCCUCAAUGAUGACUUUGUAGUUGUUUUUGAUUUAACUAUAUGUUAUUGUAUUUAUAUUGUUUUGUUUGUGGCAUUAAAUCUAUCCUGUAAAUUCCAUUAAAA